AGUAGAAGGAAACUAUUGGAAGAAUGUGAAGGGGAAAAUGUCAAAUGGUGUGAAGAAGGGUGGCCUGGGAAGUUCUGAUGUUCCAAACACCAAGGAGGAUGAAAUGGUCCAACCAUUUACUCCCCUUCCUAAGGGAGAAAGAGCUAUUCAUAAGAACCAACAGAGGCGUAUUACCCGGAGCAACUCAAUCAAAAUACAGAAAACUUCACAAACCAUACCUGAAGAAAAUUAUGUAGAUAAAGAUUAUGCUCUUCUCCUGCAAGCUAUGAAACUGCACUGUGAAGGGAAUGCAUCGAAGACUGUGUCUCCAAAUAAACAUGCUGUUGAAAAUGAUUAUGAUGAUUCUGGGGAUGAUGAGGUUGUUGAAAUAGAUUAUUCCAAGUUCUCUAAUGCAGGAAGAUCUCAUCCAUUUUCCCCUCAAGUGCAUUACUGUGAGGCAGGAAACGCAUUUGAGCCUGUGUACAAAGACGAGGACUCUGAAUUUAGACAGAAGGUCAUCACUUUCCUCAAGAGACCCUUUGACCAAACGGAAUAUGAAAAGCUUUUGCAUGACGUCAAAGUCCAAAAACCAGUGGAAAGAAAUUUGGAGUUACGGCAUGGGAGAGAUAAGUAUUGCCCGUUAGAUAGGAAUGGAAAAUCUUAUCUUGACUAUUUUGAAGAUUUCAACAACAAAUUUGAACAAGCAAGCUCUAACAAAUAUAAAACGUUGAACAUCUUGCGCGGGUUUUUCUUUUGGCUACAGAAUAUUACUCAGGAAGGAGCAUUCAAGCCUUGGAACGAUCCCACAUGUCUUGCCGUUAUUCCUGGAUUUGGCUAGAUGUUUCACCCUUAACGUAUAAAUUUUUGCUUUAGUUGCGAGGAAAAUGUCGAGUGGGGAGAAUGCUUUUUGCAUUAAUAGUGGCCUUGAAACUGCAAAAGGCUAUUCCUUGUUUUCCUUGUUAUCCCACGCUCCUGUAGUCUUGUGUAUCUGAAAAAAAGCAAUAAAACUAAUAUGGCCCAAAUCGGUGUUGAUAAGCAUUUGCAGCUAUUUCAUCCAUCGUGUUUGGCUUUUUGUUAAGGAAUUUUAUCAAUUCGGUCGGACAAAUAUGGACCAACACUUGGUAUCAACAAAUUUAAGUAAUAAUAAUAUAAAUAUAUUGCUACGUA